UUCCACCAUUUGAAAAAACAGCAGGCAGAUUCAAGAACUUUUUGUCAGAAAAUAAAUCAAUUCAUUUGAGGAUUUUUUUUACUUUGCAUAUGAUGGAUGUGAUCCUCAAACGUCGGUGCAUUGUUUAGGUGUGGAGGAAAACUCCAAUUCUUAGUGGAUUACCCAAAAACGAAAGAAAUAAACAGCAAGUCCCCGAGUUCGCCCUUACACAUUACUGCAAAGGAAUCCCGUUUUCUCCUUUUUCACCACUCAUCGCCCUCUUACAGAUUGUUCAACGAGAGACUCGACAGUUGGGGGCUGAGACCACCCUUUGUCAACCAUUAUGUUUGAUCGAGGAACGGCGAAGCGAAAACAUUGAAGGAAGUGAAAUUGGAAAAAAAAGCUGAUGAUUUUCGGAUUUUCCCUGAGCAUCCAACAGUAAUGGGAAUUCCCUUUUGGAUUACCGAACAGUGCAAAACUCAACAGUCGACGAGUGGUGCAGACGAAAUAUCUGUAAUGGUGGAAAAUCCUUUUCGAACGUAGAUGGAAGAAAGACUAUACGCCAUAACUUGAGUGAACGUCGGAAUGUGGAGUUAACAGUAGUUGAAAGUGUUUCACACGGCUAGAUUAGUUUUUCUUCCCGAAAAGGACGCAUAUGUUUGUGAUACAUGAAGGUGGAGAAGAUUUAGUGAAAAGCGGAGCCGAUAGUGACAGAAUUCCGCAUGAGUUUAUAAUUAACACAAUAUUUUCUACUGUUGAUCGAUUUUUCUAAUCUUCAUCGAUAUUGUUAUUGUUAAUGCUACAAUCGGUGGCUUUUUUUGUGAUGCUUGAAAAGGAUGUAAGUAAGAAGAAAACAUCAGCGUAAAGCGCAAGGAUAUGUGGGCGUUGAUGGAAAGAGGACAAGUUUCAUUUCCCUAGACAAUAAGGAUAUGUCUUCUAUGGAGGACUGCUCAGACUAUAGCAAUCCUCACAACCUCCCUCAACAACAACACCAUCGACAUGGACAACAACAUUUACACCACCAGCAGCAACAGCAGCAGCAACAACAACAACAACAGCAUCAGACCAAGCUAUCAGCUGCGUUGCCAUCGAACACACUGUCGCAUCAUCAGAGCCAAGGGCAGGUUCUCACUCAAACGACAGGGUCUGGCGGAGGAAACGCCACGCUCACCCGCGGCAGCCGACGUUCAUCUUUUGGACCCAGUCACUACCAACAACAACUGAUACCGCAAGCUGUAAAUUUUCACGAUGGUCUCAACCUGGCAGAUAACAUCUCAGUGGGCAGCGGGAGUGUCAUUAGCAAUUACUCAGGUCAACGCUAUAUGCCAGAACUUCAGUACGGCACGCUUAGUAACCGAAUCAUGCAUAGCGAGCGAUAUAUCAUCGAUGACAGCAGCUGUCUGCAGCCACCCUCGCCAGCACCCAGCAAUGAUCACUAUGUCAUGGGAAUGCCAUCGCCAUCCCCAUCGGCACAUCAUUACACAGAUCGGCACUAUACAUUUCAGCAGAGAACAAUGAGUCCGUCAACCAACAACAGAUACCGCCACAGUCUUGGCGAGAGCUACCGUGAUAUGUCACCACAAUGUGAUCGUUACAUUCCUCCCCCAGCGCACUUCCUCGACAACACGAACCCACUGUCUGCAACCGACAGCUAUGGGUACCUCAACUCCAACGUUCACACUCCAGUCAAGCGAUAUGUGCCGACUCCACCACCCCAGGAACCAACGUACCAGCCACAAACCCAACUCAUGGCAGCGAUCUUGACCCAAACAUCGUCACAGCAAAGAAAUAGCCAUCUUACCAGCACACGACCGUAUCGCUUCCGCGUGAAAUCUUGUCCGAAUGAGCAAACAAUUUCACCACCCAAGGGAUUCGAUACAUCCGAUCAUUAUGCCACACCACCACGUGUUCAACCCAUGAAAUGUCAGUCUUCCCUGACCACCAGUUGCUCGGUACCUAGCUCUGCACUCUCAGCCCAAACUAUAAAUACAGGCCGUCAGUCCCGCCAAAGCACAGAAUAUUUGGUGGCGCGUGCUCCCAGUGCCGAGUUCCUUGACCAGUCGUCUUGUCGGGUUGCCACUCCAGUCAGUGUCAUGAGUGAACCAAACGGAAGUGCAUCCUGUCUCCACUGCAGCACACUACGAAGAACAACGGGUGUUCAUCAAACCACUCAGACAAGUGGCCUCAUCAGCCCACAGCCGUUAUCAAUUUCAUCGACUACCGAAUCCACUGGUCAGCAAUCGCCCAUGAGUCCAGCCUCGUUAUCCUCGUCAAUGACCGCAGCACAAUCACCCAGUAGUCUACAUCAAACUUCGCACAAUCAUCAUCAAUCACAAGUCGCAGCGCAGUUGCCCCACCAUCAUCUACCAUCGUCUCAAAUUUCAACUAAUAUUUUAUCAGCAGCACAAUCACACCCACAAAUAGCACCAGAUAAAUAUAACAAGCUGGAACCUCGUGACAUCUCAACCAUACCGAGAAAUAUAGCUAAACAACAACAACAACCAUCCCAACAACCAUCGGCCAAUUCUUCAGAACAUAGUAUCAUAACCAACAGUAACAGUCGUUCGAUAUUGAUACAAUAUCAACAGCAGAGUAUCCUCCAGCAGCCACCAGCACAACAGCAAAUUCAACCACCGCCAACAGUACAAUCUGUACCAGCGCAGCAAAUAAUCCCACAGCAACCACCUCAAGUACAGCAGCAAGCCCCACAACCACAACAGCCGCAACCAAUGCCUGUCCAUGUUGCACCCGUACCGCUGCCAGGACCAUCAAUGCAACCUCAUUCGCCAAUGGUCAGCGAUUCGCCGGCAUCCUCAUUACAGCGUAAUGCGCAACAAGUUUUUCGUUCCAAUGUUUCAACCCUGUCCCGCAAGCAACGUGUAAAGGAGUAUUUGAAGCACGAAACAGCCAAAUUUUUCGGCGUGGACAGCUUGAACGAAGAAUACGAGAAGCACAAAUGGGAGGAUCGACAAAAACGAUUUGCUAUCCGUCGUUUCGGACAUUUAAAGGAUGAAUACGAUUUUGCAUAUCGUAACAGCAAUACUAAUAAUAACACGACGGAAGAGAAUAUUCCACCUGUCGACAGACCAGAUAUACUGCCUGCUCAGAGUCAAGACGAGCGGGACACCGAGCAAACUCGUCGGCAACGAGCAAAUCCAUACUAUACAUACGACAACGGUUCCGAUAAUUUUGUUAUCAAAGCUGAAAGAAAACCCUCUGUACCAACGGUUCUCUGGAAUGGUGUAUCAUUCCUGAUUCGAAGUAUCACCAAAAAACGUUUACGGAAGCAGAAACAGUGGUCUCGCAGCUUCGCUCCGGGUCAUGUCGAGCUUACCAGUGAAGAUAGCGAUUUGUGCGAUGGUUUGCAGCCUAUCCAGGAGGAAGAAACAUUCUUCGACACACCGGUCCAAACGUCCGGUCCACCAGUCAAUCAAGGUCAGGUCGUGGACAACUCGCGUCAGUUGUUCGUUUCGGAUGGUGAUCGAGGAAUGGGUGGUCCAGCUGGCAGUGGCAUCAUUAACGGGUGGCGUACACGAUCCUCGGAACUGCAACUGCAAAUUCGUGAGGGUGCAAAUGGUACACUUGGACAACGAAUUUCUUCCCACAUACUGGACGGCGUUUUGGACAACUCGAUGAGACCCAUCGGAAACAAAAUAAAACUGCUUAGGCCCAAUUUGUUGGACGAUCGGUACGAUUACAGACCAUUCUUCACCUACUGGGUGAACACGGUUCAGGUUCUGGUGCUUGUAAUUUCACUCAUCUGCUAUGGUUUCGGCCCGAUCGGCAUAGGAAUGGAAUACAAAACAGCCCAGGUGCUGGUAACUAGUUUGAGCUUACAACAGGUCCAUCACCAAGAAACCCGGAAUGUAUGGAUUGGAUUGAGAAAUACGGAUAUUGUACACUUGGGUGCAAAAUAUGGAGCUUGCAUGCGUCGCGAUUCUAGGAUAACUGAGGUGAUUUCCAAAACACGGAAGCAGGAACGGGAGACGGCUUGUUGUAUUCGAAACGACGACUCUGGCUGUGUACAGAGCUCCCAAGCGGACUGUUCAAUGCGUGGACUUUGGCCAACAAAAACCAUCGCAACCUGGAAGAAGUGGUCCCCGGGCGAAUCCGGCCCCGGUGGACGAAUUUCGGGCAGUGUAUGUGGUCUCGAUCCGAAGUACUGUGAUGCUCCAGCCUCGGUAGCACCACACGAGUGGCCCGAUGAUAUCACCAAGUGGCCGAUUUGUCGUAAGAACAAUCAAUUCUCUCAACGAUUUCGUUUCAAGGACCACACCGCGGAACACAUGGUGUGCGAGGUGAUUGGUCACCCAUGCUGUAUAGGGGUCUACGGAGAAUGUCGUAUUACUACGAGGGAGUACUGUGAUUUCGUAAACGGGUAUUUCCACGAGGAAGCAUCUCUCUGCUCGCAGGUGUCCUGUCUGAACGAUGUGUGCGGAAUGUUUCCAUUCAUGGCCAGCAAUUACCCGGAUCAAUUUUAUCGCCUCUUCACGUCGCUUUGUCUACACGCAGGUAUCAUACAUCUAGCAAUCACCGUUGCCUUUCAGCAUUUGCUGAUGUCGGACCUGGAACGACUGAUCGGUCCAUUGCGCAUGGCGAUCCUGUACAUUGGGUCUGGAAUCGCUGGCAACCUGACGAGCGCAAUUUUUGUACCAUACAAAGCUGAAGUCGGUCCACUACCAUCACUGGCUGGCGUUUUAUCGUCGCUAAUGAUCCAGUUAAUGCUGUGUCACUGGAAGAGCUUGAAGAAACCGCACGUAGCUAUGAUCAAAUUACUAGUUAUCGGGUGUACAUUAUUCGGAUUAGGAACAUUGCCCUGGCAGCAAAAUUUUACCGGACUGAUAGCCGGUUUGCUUUUCGGGAUCGGACUGACGUUGUCUUUCGUGCCGUUUGUUAACGUAACGAAGCAUACUAGGAAGAGUAAAAUUAAUCUAAUAUGGACAUGUAUUGUGCUACAGUUUGUCAUCUAUGCCAUCAUGUUUGUUACUUUCUACAUUUUCCCUUUGUUGUUUUCUUCGUUGAACUUCAUCGAUGGAAAUCAGCUGACGGAUCACAAUCCCACGUAUAGCUACCACGACCAUUACAAUCUGUACGAGGGAUAUCAGAAUUACAAUCCUGCAGGUGGAAACGGUCACAUCCAGAACCAUGGUGGGAACAGCGGCAUCGUCAACGGAGGGAAUCACAUUGUCACGACGUACAAUGGUAACAGUUACAAGACGCCUACCGGUCAUGGCGGAGGAAUCUUGCACAAUCAUCAUGAAUACGGCGGUGGAGGCGGUGGGGGCGGCAUCAGUAUGUCCGGUGGUAUUAAUAAGCUUAGUAAUAAUAACAAUAAUAGAAAUAAUAAUCUAAUGAAAGGCAUCAGCAUGUGUGAGAAAGGGCAAUGUGUUCAACGUCAGCCCCGUAGUACUGACACGAAUGCAUGACGUCGAUGUUUUCUGCUGUUUACGUCGUUGGAGUUACUUUACGUCUUGUUUGUACUACUGAGCCUGUACGAUGUGGAUGAUUUUCAGGCCAUUUAUCAGUUCAUCAUGUGAUAAAACCAACAAUAUAGUGACAAAAUAAUGUAAAAUAAUUUUUAUAUAUCUUUCUCCAUCGAAAAUGUGAUCUAAAAUCGUAUCUUAGUUGAAUUAUUUAGUUUUUACAGAACGUUUGAAACAAAUGCAUAUAUAUUCGUAUCUUUGGACGGACCGAUCGAAUUAAAAUAACUAAACCAUAUAUAAUAUUAACGCUAGCAACCAGUUAUGUUUACGUUUCCUUAACUUUAAGUCACAUUUUACCCUAACUUUACCCAUGUUUAUUCUAUACAAGAAGUCAAUACAAACAUACAAGCAAGCAAGCAAAUCGCGAAAAAUGACAACGUAAGACAAGUGUGUGAGUAUAAGUAACCAAUUCUUAGAAUUGUCCUCAGUUAGUUCGAAUAGCCAUCCUUCUAAAAUGUUAAUGAAAUAUUGUAUGAAUUUCAAAAACAACAGAUCAAAAACAAGCAAAGAAAAUGAAGAUAAAUAAAUUUGUAAAACACAACCAACAUAACACAGAAGCGAGUCAAGGAAAAAUGUAAGCAAAUUCUAAUAAAAUCUCUAUUUCAAUUUA